UUAAUGAUGGUAGCGACUCGUAACGGAGACUUUGGAACUAUAAUCUUGAUAUAAUAACCCAUUCGCUAGCUAAGUGUAUGAUUGAUAGCAGACAAAUGUAUUGAAUCACAUGAAGGUUUAGUGUUACUUUUUACAUGAGCGAGGAAAACGCCGAAAAAUGGAAGAGGCUCGGCAACGGAUUAUCAAGCAAGAGAUACCGAAAGGUGCCAUAAUGAUGUCGAGAUACGAAGCUAUAGCGCAUCAGUCGUCGUUCGUUUAUACUUGGAAAAAUCAGAAUGAAGUAUGGCCAUUGGUACACGGAACCGGUAUCUUGAGUUUAGCAGCAUCAUUAGGUGGUGCUUACGUUAAUUUUAUAUUCAGACGAAAGUUAAAAGUACACAAUAUUGGUAUUUUACCCUCGAUGAUGGCUAUUACAGGACCAUCGUUCCUUUUGACAACACUUUCUCGAUCACUGGCUAUCGAUAAUAAACUACUGCUGCUAGAACUACCUUGUCCCUUGUGCCUAGAACUCAGAGGUGCCAUAAUACAAGCUGCCUUUGGAUAUUUCACACCAUUUAUAACAGUACCAAUUAUUACCUUUAUAGUUGUUGGCAGUAGAGCGUAUAAUAUACCAUAUCCAAAUGAGGGUAGAAAAAUUUUAACAAUUGCCGGGUCAGUCUAUCAACACUUAAUCCCUAAAUUGUCAUCAACUUUAAUUUUACAAGCGAUGAUUGGUGGUUUUAUAACAUAUUUACAAAUCAAAUCUUACCUUCGAAUAUUAGAUAUAACAUAUCUAUUGGAACAUGAAAAAAAACCAAAAAGAGGGUAUAUCCAACAGUAACUUGUAUCUAACUUUAU